GACAGCCAUGCGACCCACAUCUCCCCUGAACUGUGCCAGUAUGCGAGCCAACACAACCUUCACGUUGUCGGUUACCCUCCAGAAUCAACAGAUCGCCUCCAAGGCCUAGACAUGGUCCACUACGCGCAGAUCAAGCGCCUAUGGCCCCUGAAGGUUCAG